GUGUGUUUGUGUAGUGUCACUGUGUCACUUGCGUUUCAAGCCGAAAGGAUAUUAUGUCGAAUAAAUACUUGUUUCUGAAAUCAGGAUUCCCGAGGGCACCUUUUGGUCUCGGGAUCGGACGUUAUGUCUGCCAAUUGCAGAGGAUAACUUUAAAAUUUUGCAAAAGUCACGGUACAAGUAGAGGAAUGAGAGGCUUUAUAGAGCAUGAUCUAGUCAAUUACGCGAAAGAAAACCCAGGAGUGGUAGUAUAUGUUAAACCAAGAAGGCACAGGCAUCCAGUGAUAGUCGCCGAAUAUCUGAAUGGCGAUAGACAAUGGAUGGAGGUUGCUAAUUAUAGCCAGGAAGAUGUUGUAAAAUGGAUGGAAUUGUUACGGACACAAUUUCGUAAUGGUCCUUCGUUAAGAUUGCGUAAACUGUGGCACACGGAAUUUCCAUCAAUCCAAGGACCAUGGACACCAUUUACCUUUAGAAACCCUAUGUUAAAUUUAGCACAGUUUCCUAAUGAGGAGCUUGGUGCAGCUAUUAAGCUUGGUCCUACAGCAACGGAACAACUUGUCGAAUUAUUCAAGGCUCAACAGUUGGCUGAUAACGCAACUAACGAUUCCACAAAAGUCUCUCAAGAUGUUGAACAAACUUCAGAACGUAUUUAAUUUACAACAUAUUUCUAAUUUAUAGUGUAUAUGAGAAUAUACAUAGUAUAAAAAGUAUAAUUGUGUGUAUUUCAUAAAUGCAAUCGGAUACAUAGUAGGAAACAUUUUCAGCAUUUUUACUCAUUAUCAGGUAUGCAUAGUAUAUGUAGCAAACGAUAGA